UCCCCCGUCCCCCAACAACCACCCCGCGUUCUUCCCCGGCCUCCAGUCCCUCGUGGGAAACAAAUCCCUCGCCUCUGGGUCCACGCGGCGAGGAAGCGUCCGGUGAGCCCCGGAGGACUGGGCGAGGGUUAGGGUGUCCCCGUGCUGCCGGAAGGCGGGGCGGGCGGUGGCGAGAAUUCGGCCGUAGGUAGGGAGCCCAAAGCCUGCAGUGUCUGCAGAGUACAAGGACGGCGCAUCGAGGGCGUCUCCGUCCAAAGGGUCCAGAUCCGGCGUGAGAACGCGAGUGCCCUGGCUCGCGGGGUCCAUACGUGUCCAGUCCCUGCGCCUGGCGCGUAAGCACAGCCGUGUUGCCGCGGGUGGGGAGGGAACAGGCUGCGGGUGAGGAGACAGCGCGCGCGUGCGUAGCGUGUGUGACGUUUGCCGUGGGCGUGCGCAUGACGUAUGGCGUGUGCGUGUGCGCUUUUUGUGCGCUGGGGGGGCGGGGCUGCGGGGGAGAGUGGCUGGGCCAGGUCCUCGGCGAAUGAAUUAGUCAGACACAAUUACCUAUGGGAGACUCGUUUUUCCUCUCUGUAAGUUACGGAUAUUAGGAAUACUUGCCGCCUCAGGUUGUUCUGAGCACUUGCAUUGUUUAGGUGCUGUAUUUGCUGGGCGUGCGUUUCCUGGGGGAGUCCGGGGGAGACGGCGCCUGCACCGGCCCCAGGGCCUCGCUGCCCGUGGAGUGCAAGAGCGAAGGGGCUGGCCUAGCUGCCCACUAGGGCCCCUUUUGGCUGUGAUCGUCCCCGUAUCCCAAGUUAUUAUUGAUACGUUGCGCGUUCGUUUAUGUAUUAUGUAUAAUCAUGGCGCAGUAUCCCGAAGCCGUCGGAGUCUGUGUGCCGGUGGAAGGUCUGGGACAAGUUUAAGAAGAGAGCUCUCCCUCCUCCACUAAGAGCAGAAAAUGAACAAAUUCCAGGAACAAGUGUCAUUCAAGGAUGUAUGUGUGGACUUCACUCAGGAAGAGUGGUAUCUGCUGAACCCUGCUCAGAAGAUGCUAUACAGAGAUGUGAUCCUGGAAAAUUAUAGCAAUCUUGUCUCAGUAGGGUAUUGCAUUCCUAAGCCAGAAGUGAUCUUUAAGAUCGAGCAAGGAGAAGAGCCCUGGAUAUUAGAGAAAGGAUUCCCAAGCCAGUGCAACCCAGAAAGGAAAUGGAAAGUUGAUGACGUGUUAGAGAGCAGCCAGGAGAAUGAAGAUGACCAUUUUUGGGAGCUUCUAUUCCACAACAACAAAACAGUAAGUGCAGAAAGUGGAGAUAAAGAAAAGAAAACUUUCAAUUUGGGCACAGACCCUGUUUCUUUAAGAAAUUAUCCCUAUAAAAUAUGUGACUCAUGUGAAAUGAGUUUGAAAAAUAUUUCAGGCUUAAUUAUUAAUAAAAAGAACUAUUCCACAAAGAAGCCUGAUGAGUUUAAUGUAUGUGAGAAAUUGCUCCUUGAUAUUAGGCAUGAGAAAAUUCCUUUUGGAGAUAAAUCCUAUAAAUAUGAUCAAAAAAGGAAUGCCAUUAAUUAUCAUCAGGAUCUCAGUCAGCCAAUUUUUGACCAACCAUUCGAGUAUAAUAAAAAUGGACAAGGCUUCCAUGAAGAGGCAGCAUUUUUAACAAAUAAGAGAUCUCAGAUAGGAGAGACAGUCUGUAAAUAUAAUGAAUGUGGAAGAACAUUCAUUGAAAGUUUAAAGCUCAAUGUAUCUCAAAGAACUCAUUUGGAAAUGGAGCCAUAUGGAUGCAGUAUUUGUGGGAAGUCCUUCUGUGUGGAUUUAAGAUUUGGACAUCAGAGAGCUCUUACAAAGGACAAUCCUUAUGAAUAUACUGAAUAUGGGGAAGUCUUCUGUGACAACUCAGCUUUCAUUAUCCAUCAAGGAGCAUACACAAGAAAGAUUCUCCGUGAAUAUAAAGUGAGUGACAAAACGUGGGAAAAGUCAGCUCUCUUAAAACAUCAGAUAGUACACAUGGGGGGAAAGUCUUAUAAUUACAAUGAGAAUGGGAGUAAUUUCAGCAAGAAGUCACAACUUACCCAGCUUCGGAGAGCUCACACAGGAGAAAAAACCUUUGAAUGUGGUGAAUGUGGGAAAACCUUCUGGGAGAAGUCAAACCUUACUCAACAUCAGAGAACACAUACAGGAGAGAAGCCCUAUGAAUGUACUGAAUGUGGGAAAGCCUUUUGCCAGAAACCACACUUGACCAACCAUCAGCGAACACAUACAGGAGAAAAACCCUAUGAAUGUAAGCAGUGUGGAAAAACAUUCUGUGUGAAGUCAAACCUCACUGAACAUCAGAGAACACACACAGGGGAGAAGCCCUAUGAAUGUAAUGCAUGUGGGAAAUCCUUCUGCCACAGAUCAGCCCUCACUGUCCAUCAAAGAACACACACAGGGGAGAAACCCUUUAUAUGUAAUGAAUGUGGAAAAUCCUUCUGUGUGAAGUCAAACCUCAUUGUACAUCAAAGAACUCACACAGGGGAGAAACCCUAUAAGUGUAAUGAAUGUGGAAAAACCUUCUGUGAAAAAUCAGCUCUCACUAAACAUCAGAGGACUCACACAGGGGAGAAGCCAUACGAGUGCAAUGCAUGUGGGAAGACCUUUAGUCAGAGGUCAGUGCUCACCAAACAUCAGAGAAUUCAUACGAGGGUGAAAGCUCUUUCAACAUCCUGAAUGUUAGAAGCCUUCUUACACCUGUGAAAUUUGUUACACAAUUUCAAAAAAGGAGAUUAGAGAAAGCCAAAGAAUGCCAGAAACUUGUAGAAAAUGACUUCUUGUUUGAAUAUGUGAAAGCUUUCAAGAAAAACUAAAACUUUUCUUGGGAAAAUUUGUACUGAGGGGAAUCCUAUUCAUCUAAGUAAUAUGGUAAAAAUCUUUAUCUAGAAUUUGUGUUGUUUAGUGUUACAUUCCAGUUGUGAUACCAAAAUUUUAUUGUAAAUAUAAUGGACAAUGUUCAUUUAUAUCCAUAUUCACAGAAGAAUCUGAAGCUUAUAAAAGUUGAAUGACAGCAGCAUUAAACAUGUAUGUAAAGAGUCCCUGAUGUUUGUAGACCUUACGUGAGUAUGCUAAUGUAAUAAAUUUGAGUAUGCUUGAUUUGUAUAUUGGAGCUCAACAUGAUUGUGAGGAGGAAAUAUGUACCCUUAAUUGAGUAACUACUAUGGUAUGUGUUAAUAUUUUCUACACUAAAUACCACUGAUGUCUUUAUAGGUUGAUAUAUAUAUGUGUAUGUUUAUGUGUAUAUAUGUGUGUAUAUGUAAAUAUAUUUCUGCACACAUACUUAAAUAUAGUGAUGUGCUAGUAUAACCUCAUACUGACUUAAAAGUGCUGCUGAUUGUUAAAUUUUAAGGAAUUUUGUGAGCCAGUUAUUAAAAUCAGUCAUUAUUUAAAGUAUGUAAACUUACAGUUAAAUUGAAAACAAAGGUAAUAAAUACUCAGC